CCUAGAAGGUUAAAUUGCAAAUUCGAUUUCUGAGGUGGGGAGAUCGAUAAAACCCCCGUCUCGGUCUUGUGGUUGGUCCCGGUCUUACGGUGAGUCCCAUGCAUGAUGUUCGGAUACAGAUCAUGGAACUUGUUGGGAGGGAUUUUUGUUGGUAGGGAUAUCUGGAUUUGCAUAUGAAAAAAUUGCUGGAACUCCUGAACCUCCUAGUCUCGCCUGUUUCGGAUCUUGGCUUCUCGCUGCUAUCUCUCGAUUCCCUUGGGGAUUGCUCCAACUCUAGUGUUUUCACCUGAUCUCCUGCGAAUUAAGUUAGUCAGAUCUUGGAAUUCAGGUUUUAGAUCGGCGUCUUGGCAAUCUCUGUAUCUGAUUCUCAUUCGUUCAUUGAUUUCUGAAAAAUGCCGUCGGUUUAUGGAGCUCGAUUAACGUCUUUUGACGAUUCAGAGAAGGAGAGCGAGUAUGGAUACGUUCGCAAGGUAUCAGGUCCAGUCGUGGUUGCAGAUGGAAUGGCAGGGGCUGCUAUGUAUGAACUUGUUCGUGUUGGUCAUGACAACCUUAUUGGAGAAAUUAUUAGAUUGGAAGGAGAUUCUGCUACAAUCCAAGUGUAUGAAGAAACAGCUGGGUUGAUGGUGAAUGACCCUGUUCUACGAACACACAAGCCUCUUUCAGUGGAGCUGGGGCCUGGCAUUUUGGGAAACAUUUUUGAUGGUAUUCAGAGGCCUUUGAAAACCAUUGCCAAAAGAUCUGGUGAUGUGUAUAUUCCACGUGGUGUCUCCGUACCAGCUCUGGACAAAGAUGUACUUUGGGAGUUCCAACCAAAAAAAUUAGGUGAGGGAGAUCUUCUAACUGGUGGAGACUUAUAUGCUACUGUCUUUGAGAACAGUUUGAUGCAGCACCAUGUUGCACUUCCUCCUGAUGCUAUGGGAAAGAUCACUUACAUUGCACCAGCUGGUCAAUACUCACUAAAGGAUACUGUUCUGGAGCUUGAAUUUCAAGGUGUAAAAAAGAAGUUUACUAUGCUUCAGACCUGGCCAGUCCGUUCACCACGACCUGUUGCAACUAAACUUGCUGCUGAUACACCUCUUCUGACUGGGCAGCGUGUUCUUGAUGCCCUUUUUCCCUCUGUUCUUGGAGGGACUUGUGCUAUACCUGGAGCAUUUGGUUGUGGAAAAACAGUCAUUAGUCAAGCUCUUUCCAAGUACUCCAAUUCUGACACUGUGGUUUAUGUUGGAUGUGGAGAAAGAGGAAAUGAAAUGGCGGAGGUUCUCAUGGAUUUUCCUCAACUGACAAUGACACUACCUGAUGGCCGUGAAGAAUCUGUCAUGAAACGUACAACACUUGUGGCUAACACUUCUAACAUGCCUGUGGCUGCUCGUGAAGCCUCCAUUUACACAGGCAUCACGAUAGCUGAAUAUUUUAGAGACAUGGGUUAUAAUGUUAGUAUGAUGGCUGAUUCGACAUCACGAUGGGCAGAAGCGUUGCGUGAAAUAUCAGGGCGGCUGGCUGAGAUGCCUGCAGAUAGUGGUUAUCCUGCUUAUUUGGCAGCUCGUUUAGCUUCUUUCUAUGAACGUGCCGGUAAAGUUAAAUGUCUUGGUGGGCCAGAGCGUACAGGUAGUGUUACAAUUGUUGGUGCUGUUUCUCCUCCCGGAGGAGAUUUCUCUGAUCCUGUGACAUCUGCAACCCUCAGCAUCGUCCAGGUCUUUUGGGGUCUGGACAAGAAACUUGCUCAAAGGAAACAUUUCCCAUCUGUGAACUGGCUUAUUUCCUACUCGAAAUACUCCAAGGCCUUGGAGUCUUUCUAUGAGCAAUUUGAUCCAGAUUUUAUUGACAUCAGGACAAAAGCCCGUGAGGUGUUGCAGAGAGAAGAUGAUCUAAAUGAAAUUGUCCAACUUGUUGGGAAAGAUGCUUUAGCAGAAUCAGAUAAGAUUACCCUGGAGACUGCAAAACUUCUGAGGGAGGACUACCUUGCCCAGAAUGCAUUUACUCCAUAUGAUAAAUUCUGUCCAUUCUACAAAUCUGUUUGGAUGAUGCGCAACAUAAUCCAUUUCUAUAAUUUGGCAAAUCAGGCGGUGGAGCGAGCAGCUGGUAUGGAUGGCCAGAAGAUAUCUUACAGCCUUAUCAAACAUCGGAUGGGAGAUCUCUUUUAUCGUUUAGUGUCUCAGAAAUUUGAGGAUCCUGCAGAAGGGGAGGAAGCCCUCGUGUCAAAGUUCAGGAAACUACAUGAGGAUCUGACUGCUGGUUUCCGCAAUCUUGAGGAUGAAACUCGAUGAUCACAUUCUUCUUCUCAGCUUGUAGACCACUCACUUCGGCCAUGCUGAUCCAUAGCUAUGAAACUUGGUCUUUCUCCUUUUCCUUCUCGCUUUGUAGGGCCUAUAUAUCAUAUGAUGUUGGUGGCCUUUUGUUUAUUGCGGCUAUUGUUUUCUCAUUACACCCUCGUGAGUUGUUUGUCAAGAAUAAGUGAGGCUGAACCAGGUAAAUUCAUAUUUAUUUGUAUAUAUCCAUAGAAUAAGAUGCAAUGGAGCUCGCAAUCUCACAAAUUUCUAUU